CGCAAGUCCUGCUGGACUUGCAGCAGGCAUGGAGGAGGAAUUUCUCUGGGUGGGUGGCUGGGGGGGACUGCAGCUUAGCCCAUGGUGUGUGGUGCGAUGCCGAAGGCAUGGUGUCUGCAAUCCGUCUGUACAACGUAGGCUUAACUGGAUCCAUUCCAGAUUCCAUCAGUGCCUUGUACGAGCUGACCUUUUUUGAUGUCAGUUCGAACAACCUCACUGGCCGUCUCCCUCCAACAGUGGGCAAUCUCACUCUUCUUUAUUACUUUGAUGUCAGUUCGAACAACCUCACUGGCCGGCUCCCUCCAACAGUGGGCAAUCUCACUCUCGUUAUUUUGGACAUAUCUGAUACUGGAAUCACAUGCCCUCCUGACUACAGCAGCUGUGUGGUCCCACAGAACACUUCAAGUUUUUUUUGCAGGCAGUGUGGUUCCUUCUGCACCACAUGUGUCAAGCCACCACCAG